UCACGAGGGUUAAUAGGUGUGUCUUGACACAGCACCUGAAGCCAAACCCGCGGUUUUGAGGUUUCGCUUCGGUGGAUUUGCCGAUUGGAUACACUGACUCGCCGUUAUAAACUUCAUGUUAACUCUGUUCGUUACACAGUGUCAAAAGAACAAUAAAUACUGUGUGCGGAGCAUCUUCACGGGUUGUUGGUGGGUUUGAUCGGAAACACUGGAUUGGAGAAAACAGUAAAUCUGAUCGGAAUCAUUGAUUGCUGGGUCAUCUCGAAUUUCUCUACACUGUUAGAAAUUGUUUGAAAUUUCGUGGAGAAUUUUUCCCAUCUAAAUUUCAGGCUAUAGAAUUCCACUAUUCGACUGUUGUUUUAUAUAGUCAAUACGGCAUUCAACUGAGAAUUUUCUGGGACAGGAUUUUAGCCAAUCGCAGCGCAGUAUUCGAGGGUAGUCGGAGCGGUUGUUGUUGGGGCUGCGGUGUGCGGUCGCAUCCCAGGAUUGGGGAAGAGUCAGCGUGAACAGUGUAGAAAGGCGCCUCACGCGAUGCCAGCAGUCGGCGAAGGCGCUGAAUUGGGUCUUCGUGAGUGCCGACACCAAUUCAGGCAUCACCGAUGGAAUUGUUCGCACGUUGCCAAUGAUCGUGUUUUUGGACACGUUGUGGUUGUAGGUAGCAGGGAAGCAGCUUUUACAUACGCCAUAAGCUCAGCGGGAGUAACAUACGCAAUAACCGCAGCUUGUAGUCGUGGAAAUAUCACAGCGUGCGGUUGCGAACCUGCCGUAAGGACGAGAAAAUCACUACCACCGAAUGGGUGGGAAUGGGGAGGAUGCAGUGCGGAUGUAACAUAUGGAAUGAAGUUCGCGCGUAGGUUUCUCGAUGCCCGGGAAGUGGAGGGCGACGCUCGAAGUCUCAUGAAUCUCCACAACAACAAAGCCGGAAGAAAGAUUGUAAAGUCAUUGCUGCAAACAGAAUGCAAGUGCCAUGGGGUAUCUGGUUCAUGUACUGUGAGAACAUGCUGGAGAACAUUGCCUAGCUUUCGACAAAUUGGUGAUGCACUGAUGAAAAAGUAUUAUCGCGCGAGGCCUGUGCUCGCUGUAACACCACCAGCACCGCCAACGACUCAGGAAUCAGAUUAUGUGGACCAAUCGGCCACCAGGGUAGUGCCGAUUCUCGGCAAUGAUGCCAAGACUCAGGGAAACCCAGAGGAUACCUCUAAUAGCCAAAUUGAGAGGGGCGGAGUGAAGAAAUCGGGGAAACCCCGGAGGCCGCACUUGAUUCUGAAACGAUCCAAGGUCAAUGGGGGUGCGGGUAUGAGUCAGAAGAGGAUACCUAAGCGAAGUGAACUCGUGUUUCUUCAGCAAUCACCGAAUUAUUGCGAAGCUGAUCUGGCCCAGGGGAGUCUUGGAACGGUGGGGAGAGCAUGCAAUCGCACAAGCAAAGGAACGGAUGGAUGUGACCUGAUGUGCUGUGGUCGUGGCUACAAUACCCACCAGUACACCCGAAAUUGGCAAUGCAGAUGUAAAUUUCACUGGUGUUGUCGUGUCCACUGCGACACGUGUACAGAACGUACAGAAGAAUAUACGUGCAAAUAAAUGGGAGAAGGAAGAAGGAUAACCAAUGGAGAAAAACAACUAUUCAAGUCGAACAAAACGAAAGACUAUUGAGACUCACAGUUAUCUAUAUAUUCUCCACCGUCCCCAGUGAUUCGCGUUUAUUCAUCAUUUAUCAUUAACCCGAAUAUGUACUUAAGAAAUGUUGAUUGGAAGAAGACUUGAUAGUGCUUUCUAUUCAGCAUUCGAGUGGGCUGACGAUUUCGUAAUGAUAGAAUUUAUUAAAAGCCGCCAGUUUACGCGCAAACGAUGGAUAGAAGGCACUGAAACAUGACAUUGUGGGCUGUACAUUGGAAGCGAUGAUUUUCAUAAAAAUCAAUUACUCAGUCGAUUAUGUACCUAUUAAUGAAUUAUAAAUAUCGUAAGAGCUAUUUUUUAAUGAAUCACCAAGUGCCCUCCUCGGAACUUUUAUAUACGAAUAUAAAUUAUUAUUUAUUCAAUUCGAUAAAUUAUCACUUGUACUUAAACCACAAAUGGAUUUCCCUCCGCCAUUAAUAAAAAAGUAUUGUAAAAAAAAUU